GAAAUAGAUAAUAAUAGUUUAGCCACUGCUAUCAAAGUUGCUACCCAAUUAGAGGGAGAAAAGGAGUAUCAAAAAGAUACUGAAAAAGUGAAGUUAGCCGAAGAAGAGUUAAUAAAAAAAGAUCCACGCUUGUAUAUGCAAACCAUAGUUGACGCCAUCAAAGAUCGCCUAGAAGAUGCGGGGAUUAAGGUGGAUGUUAGAUACGACCUAAAAAAAGGAAAAGGAAAAUAUGUCGGUUAUAAUUUUGAUGACAUGGAGGAACGUUUGCAACAUUUUCAAGCCAGCAAAGUUAAACUAAUCAAAAAAAUUGGUGAAGUUACUGAGAAAGUAAAAAAAGAUAUAAAAACAAUUCAAGAGCAACUCAAAAGUUUCAAAUCCGGGGUUAAUGCUUAUCUCGAUAGUUUUUAUCAAAAGGAUAAAGCAAAAAUUGAUAAGUUGGAAAAUGAUUUAAUUAAUUCCUUGUCUACUAACCAAACUGAUUCGCCAAAUAAAACUCC